AUGGUGAAGCCCGUUGUUUCCGCGAUGAAUGCUUGGACAUGCAUCGUCGUGUCCCUCUUCGCCAUCGUCAUCCUCUCCACGAUCGGAGCGCUGUUCAAAGGACACAGCGGCACCGUAAUGGGAGGACAUGAAGACCCCGAGGAUGGUGGCGCAGUUGCUGGCGCGGUAUUCGGCGCCGUCUUUAUAUACAUCGGCUUCUUUGUCUUCUGCGGACUACAAGCCUUCCUCCACAUGCGCGAAAGCCGUCGCGGCGCGAUAAGCCUGUCAUGA